CGAUCACCAGGGCUUCCUGCAGUGGCCCAGAUUCGAGUUCGUUCUCACUUAACGGGACAAAUUUGUUAUAGGUUUUUAUUUGUAAUUUAUGUUUGUACCGUUGAGAGUUGAAGAGAGAUUAUAGGCACAGUCAAGCAUGUUGAAUAAGCCUAUAUCUGAAUUUGUUUUCUUUGCCUGUAGAGAAAGAUUAUUUUGUUGUAUAACUUGUAUAACAUUUUUGUAUAAUCCAUACAGGAGGCAUACAUUAAGUGUCCUCUUUUUUGGAAAUCAAAAUAUGGUCACCCUAAUUAAUGUCCAGUAACAUUAGCUGUUAAAACAUAAUCUUUGUGCUGCUGGUUUGUAAUACCCUUCUUACUAUUUCUGUGUCGUUUGUGAUGACAGGGCAGUCAUGGUGAUAACAUUUUGCAAUCAGCCCGCCGCUUAGUUCAAUUACUCAGUUCGUCUGGUCAAGGUGCAGCCAGUGGUGGCGUCACAAAUCAACAUAACAGGUUUAGUAUUAAACUUUAAUUCAUGUACAUAUGGCUUAUUUAAUUUAUACAUUGUAGAUGUAUUGAUGAUUAAUACAUGUUCUUGGAUACAAUCCUGCAGAGAACAGAGACAGACAGAAUCACUUCAAACAGAAAUGACCAGGUCCUUUCCAGGUAUUUUCACCAGGGGCAGAGGGAAGAGGCGCUUUCCCACAGCAAGUCCUGUUCCUGCCAAGAGAUCUAAACCAUUGGAUGUGGUUUUCUAUUUGUUGCCAAAGCAAUGUGAAAAAACCCCAAAAGAGCAGGAACAAUUAGUCCAUAUGCGUGCAGGACUGGGCCGUAGGACUGCUCGUUUAGAUGAAAGCACAACACAUGAAGAGUUAUGUGAUGCCCUCAAAGUUUUAUUCCCAAAAUUGGGAACAGUUACUGGUGGAUGGCUGCUAUGCAGAUCUUCAGUGGAUGGGGUAGCCGACUGUCUCUUGUGGCUCCCGAUGAUACUGGCUAUACAGGCAUGAUGUUGAAGUCUGGAACUCGUGGGGCUAAAAAUCUACUCAUAGCCCCAAUUCAAGAAGAACUGAGUACAAAUCCCCUACCACUAACUGAUGAAGCAUUCAACAACAUGCCAAAAGCCGCAUGCCAGAAGUGUGAAGUUGCUGUUCCCCUUCCGCUCCUGAUAGAACACAUCAAGACUUGUAAUGUCAUAGAUGUUGACAGUGAAGAUAACCUGGCUAAUGUGGAUAUCAGUCUGCCUGAAGAGAGAAAAUCAGAUAUGCAGGAAUGUCCUGUCUGCACAAAUAUGUUUCCUACUGAUUUCAUCGAGGUACAUGCUUCCUCAUGUGUUGAAAGGGCAGGAAAAGAGGUGAUGCAUGAAAGCACUGUAAUUGAGGAAGAGCAAGCAGCAAUGCCUGGACCAUCCAGAAGUUCUGCAGCUGUUGAAGAUGGCUGGUUAACUGUCAGUGACCCCACCAAGGCCAUAUCUCAGUGUGCUGAAAGUUUUCGACGUAUUCAUGAAGCAAAGAGUCCCUUACUUCUCAGCAUGGACAUAAGAGAAAGCCCUGCUGAGCAGGACAUGGCACUUGUCUCCUUCUAUAAGCGACCUAAUGUGGAGUGGGGACGACCCCUGAAUUGCAGACUUGAAGGAGAUACUGCUAUUGGACAUGGUGUAACUAGGUUCUUUUUCUCCACAUGCAUGGAGAAGCUGAGGCCAGGCUUUGCAUCAAUUUUGCUUGAGGGGGGAUCCACACUGUCAGAUAAGGAUAAACAAAGUGUCCAGGACUUGGCCUAUGCGUGGGACCUCCCUUCCCUAACUGACAACAACAGGAGGUGGCUUUUUGAAAAGCUAUUGAUACACGCAGUAAUAGGACGUGUCACGAGGCAAAUUAAGCAGCUGAGGCGAGGUAUUAAAGAAACCCCUAUGUGGACACUGGUGACCCAAAGACCUGACACAGUGGCCUUGCUUUUUCCUAAAGACACGGCGGGGAAUGUCAGCGCUGAGGUACUUCUUCAGCGCAUCACAUGGCCUCGUGAGGAUGACAACGAUGAUGAGGACUGUUCAGUUGAAACCAAAUGCCGCAUGUCAGGGUAUCUACGACAGUUCAUAGCUAAUGCAACACCAACUGAAUUGACCAACCUGGUCAAAUUCUGGACCGGAUGGGAGGUCCUACAACUGAGCCUCUCUCUGGAAGUCGUCGAGGGAAGAUACCUAACAGCCUCCACCUGCUUUGAGACCUUGCGCAUCCCAGGGCAUUACAAGGACUACAUGUCUUUUAAACAUGACAUCCUGGCAUGUAUUUGCACUUGCCAUACAGGAUUUGGUCUUGUCUGAGUGACAUCUGGGCCUGUAUUUACACUUGCCAGACAAGAAUGUUCAAGUAAAAUGUAGAUGUUUUUAUGCUUGUUAGCUGUCAAGUGUUCAGAUUCAUCUGACAGUAUGGAAUUGUUGUAUUUUGUAGAACUGAAACCCACAGGUUUCACACCAUGCCUUACUCUGGUUUGACACAUCUGAUGUUGAAAAUAGUUUUUAAGAGGUGGAUUUACACUCAUUCCAUUUUCACAGUGCUACAUAGUUGAAAUGUAUUACGAUCGUUUAGUAAAAUGUUGAUGUUUUUCUUAUUAGCAGUCAAGUGUUCAGAUUCAUCUGACAGUAUGGAGUUAUUGUAUUUGUAGAACUGAAACCCACAUAUUUCAGACCAUGUACUGGGAGACACAGUUGAAAUUUCUUUGUAUUUCAAAACAUCUCAAGCUCAGUGUUCAUAGAAAAAUGUGGCAUGUUACGUUACAUGCAGGUAACGUACAAAUGAUUGGCAGCUUAAUGUAUUCCUUGUAACAAUCUGCAGGAGUUUAAAGUGCACUGAUGGAACUGAAAGGAACGAAAGUCUGCAAAAACAUUAAAA